AAUCAUGAAAAAAAAAGUUAUUAUUCUUUAUCAAAUAGGAAAUCUGAUGGUGUGAAAGUGGAAGAUCAUAGGAAGACGACAUCUUUUCAAUCCUGGCUCAAGAUAACUAUUCUAUAAAAUGUGAUCAACUUCAAACAAGCCAAAGUUCAAGCAUCUAUAAUUCAACUAUACAUCAUUUGGACUAGUUUUCUGAAUCAGGAGGAGAUAGUUUAGAUCUUAUUCGAAAUCACUUUAAAAAAAAUAAUACUUAUUUCUGAAUUUAUUGGACAACAAGCAAAUUCGAACAAAAAUAUGCACGCAAUGGGCUUACAUUCCGCCCUGGCGAUCAAGCGCCAGCGGCGACGAAGAGAGGAACAGAGGAAGGCGAGAGAGCGGAGGUUCAGCUCGCAGUCGACCGAGUCCGGCCUGGGCGAGUCGAGAUCGUCUUGCGCAAGCCCGAGGAACAGCAUGGGUAGUCUUGAGCGCAAGAAGCACAGGCACUACCGCUCCGUGCGCCCUGCGCAGAGCGACAAGGUAGUAUCCAGCGUCGGAAUGCUCCACAUCGGCGUCAUCUUCCUAGUUCUUGGACUCUUCCUCAUGGGUUCGGGCUUCAUACCCGACGACUUCGAUAAUUGGCAGAAUAGUUUCACCUGGUUUAACGAGUUGAUUCUCUCUGGUUUGGCUUCUCUCCUCGUCGGAAUCUUUCUUAUCAUCUUGAACAAGGUGAUAAUGAGAAAGGAGGAGAAGGACCUGGCUGAGUACGUGUCGAGACAACUCACCAGAUCGCGCUCUGGUCACCGCCUCGUACGCGACGUCGAGACCGGCAACCUCGUGACCAAGCAGAGCGGCAAGAUCAGGAGUGAGGAGAGGAUGAACAUUCUAGAGUCUGAGAUCAACGGGGAGAUCACUCCCGUCCAUUUCUCCCCCACAUUGAAGUCUCCUCCAGCUCUUUCCGUGUCCACUCCCAGAUCAGAUCUCGAGAGGAUCCUGGAAGAAGAGCUGUCCGACAAAGGAGACGAUAGGUUCCACCGGGAGCACGCCAACAGCUUCACGACGCACCCGCAAGAACUUUCCAAGGAGUUGAUCGCAUCGCGUUAUUACAACAAUCUUGACAUUAACGAGAAGUGAGCUGAAUCGAAUCAGUCAUUAUUGUCCUGCGUUCUUUCGAAUUAUUUAAAUAUAUAUCUGCUGUUUAUUAACUGAGCUGUGAUGAUGGCUAUAUUUGUGAACAGCUUCAGCUAACUUUUAUGCCAUUCCGAUUAUCCUUUAAAUAUUAAUGGUACUUUGCUCUCAACAAAAAGUAAACAAAAAAAAACCAACAACAUUAGGUUUUAAAAAUAUAAAAGAACUUCAUUUUAUUUUGAUCUAUUUAAUUUUUCUAGUAUUAUAACUGAAAAAAGAUGAUUUUUUUUUUUACAUAGUAUUAAAAUAUAAUUAAAUACAAUUUUUUUUUUUUGUAUGCCUUGUUAAGAUUGUUGACGUUUUGGCCAAUGAUAUUUAAUAAAAUAUCAAAAUUAAUAAAUAAAAUAUUUAAAUAGUGUUCAGGGCCAUAAUAGACAACUACAGGAGUCGUUAAAUAAUAUAUAAUAAAUAACAAAAUAACUUUGUUAUUUUGUCCUAACUAAUACUUAAUAAAACAGUUUUUCGAAAUUAACAUACUAUGCACACCUUCCUUUGGUAUAAUAAAAUAUUCGUUUUUAUUUUCAUGAAACCUAAAAACACCAAUAGGACUCGCUAGAGGAUGAAACUCAUCACAUAUUUUAUGAAAUUUUCAUCUUCUAUGUUACUGAUGAAACAUCACAAUUAAGUAAUACACUACUUAAUGACAUAACAUUAUGUGGUAUUAAUAAUUAACUAUAAAAACCAAAGUAAAGAUUUUUGAAAUGUUAACCAUUUUCCAUUUACCAUACAUCAAGAUCUAACUAAAUUAUUUUCCAUGGACAAAAUUUUUUUUUCUACAUAUUUCCAAGUUUCAAACUAACGCACAUCGUUUUUUUGCACAAAUGAAAAAUAUAAUUUUAAGAAAUUAUUCAAUCAUUCUAUUGGUAACAAACAAAAAGCAUGUCUUUUAGGAUUUGAAAAAAAAGUUACUCAUUCUGUAUACAAAUUAGAAACUAUUUUGUUAUCAAUUUUAUUCAAAACAUCCUCCACUGCCAACAAUAAUCUUUAAACAAUGUAGAUAUUAUUUAUUACACUUGAAAGAUCCUCAAAAUUUAUAUAAUUUUGAAGAAUCGAUUUAAUUAUACCAUAAUUAUUUCUUUUGUAUUUUAUGAAAGAAAUAAGUAAACAUAUAACUUACAGAUUUUUGAUAAAAUACAAAAUACCAGCACAAUAUAUUUAAAUAUAUGUUUGCUAGUAUUAUUAUUAUAAGACAAAUAUUGAUAUUGGAAUUUCAUUUAUCAGUAUAUUUAUUAAUUUUGAAAACUUUUUUAUAUUUUAAUUAAAAAUAAAUAUAUAAAAUUUGCUUAUGUUUAAUUAUUUAGUAUUUUUGCUUACAAAUAUUUGAAUAUUACUUAUCUCUAAAAGAUUUUGAAAACAUCUUCCCAAUGUUGCCAUCCAUUUAACAACGCUUUUUACAUAUCAAUUGUACUUAAAACUUAGGUCCCAGAUUAUAACCUCUCAAAAAUAUAAAAAUAAAUUUAAAAAAAAAAUGCAUUACAUUAUAAUCUUAUAGCAUAGUAUUUUUGUCUACUAAGCAAAUUAAAGGAUUAAUGUUGUUGACAAAAUCCUUACAUGAAUUUAAACCGUAAUUUUCGCAAUAUUACUAUAUAUUUAUUGUUUAUAAAAUAGCAUAGAUAAACAUAAAAUUUACAAAAAGUAAAAAAAAAAUGUUUUGUCUUUUUCAAAUAGAAAGCACUCUUCCAUUCUAUGAAUUAUCUAACCAGCAUUCCACUUAAAUACUACUUAUAUCAUUGUCUAUUUCUUAUCAUUAAUAUUUUCAAUUUUCUAUUCAUUUUUUUAUGAAUGUGUAAGAAAGACUGUUUUUUUAUGAUUUAGGGUCCAAUGAUAAAUUAAAAAAAAUAUAUAUAUGAUAAAUUAAUAAAACUGUGUAUUAAGGCAAUAUAAUAGUAAAGUUUUAUCACUUGAAAUCUAAAAACGCACUUUGAAAUUUUAACCUUCUUGAACCUAAAAAAAAUAAAAUAAAUAUUUCAUUUUGUUAAACAAUUGUUAUGAAUAAAUUAUUGAUAAAGUUAUUAUAAAGUUAUCUAUUAAUUAUUAAAAUAAGGAUGUAACACAUAUUUUUAACAAAAUAUUGAUUAGAUCGUCGGUGAAGCUGGAUAAUAGCUAAUUAUAUCAAGUGAUUGUCACAAUUGAUAACAUAAUGUUACACGCAUGACAAGUGUUGACGUUUGAAAUUGAUUUAAUAAAAUAAAUAUUUCCAUUGCCAGACAUUUUAAAUAAAAACUUAUUUUAUUUUUAAAUUUAUACUAUUCUUGAUUAGUCAUUAUUCCGUGACAAACGAUUGGUGUUCUAACAUAAUUAAAUAAUAAUUUUUUAUGACAGCUUACAAAAAUAAUUUAAUUUAAUUAUAGUAUUAAUAUAUAAACAUUUAUAAUUGUAU